GGUUCUCUCUCCAGCUCCGGGCAUUGCGUAUGACUCGUGCAAAGAAGCUGAACUUUGGCCAGCUCGCGGAAGUGUGUUGGGCGGUGACAGCUGCCGGGUUCCCCUUUCCUCGGGCGGGGUGUGCGGGAACCGAAAGCAAAACCCCCGGGGCCUGUGACUCCGGCCGGCCCGGGGACAGUUCGGGGCGGCGAUGGCGUCUGCCCUGGACGUGUCCAGCCUGGCCGAGGACCUGCUGUGCCCCAUCUGCCUGUCCCUGUUCCGGGACCCCCGCAUGCUGGAGUGCGGGCACAGCUUCUGCGCCGCCUGCCUGGAGCCCUGCGUCCCCACGGGGCAGCGCCGGGGGCUGUGCCCCGAGUGCCGGCGCCCCUUCGCCCUGCGCAGCGCGGCCACCAACUGGGCCCUGUGCAGCCUGGCGGAGAAAGCCCGGCUGCUGCGACUGGACGAGGGGGCCCCGCCGGGCGGGGGCGGGGGCGGGUCUGGCUGGUCCAUCUGCCCGGAGCACGAGGAGCCCCUCAAACUCUUCUGCAGCCAGGACAAGGGGCCCCUCUGCGUGAUCUGCCGGGACCUGCCCCAGCACCGCGGCCACGACUUCCUGCCCCUCAAAAACGCCGUCCAGAAAUAUCAGGACAAGCUGAAGGCAUCUCUCGUACCCCUGAAGGACAAUCUGAAUUCAGCCACUGAGGACCAGCGCCACCAGCAGGAGAACAUAGCAGAGCUGGAGAGCUGCGCCCAAGACCUCUUGGGGUAUAUCGCCAAGGAGUUUGGAGUUCUCCAUCAGAUCCUGCAGGAGAAGGAGAAGGGCAUGAAAGAGACCGUGGAGAGGCUGAAGGAGGAGAACCGGGUGGAGAUGGAGGAGAGGCUGAGGGAGCUGGAUGAAGAAGUGACCUUUCGUAACGAGACCCUGUCCAGGGCCCGGGCGGGGCUGGACACCUCAGAUCACAUAGCCUUCCUCAGGGGCAUCAAGGAGCUGAUGAGAAGAGUCCGGGAGGAUCAGUCGAGCCGCGGUGGGGAGGAGGAAGAGGACGGUGCAAGUGACGAAGGGUCCAGCGGCGAUGAUGAUGAUUGGAUUGAUGAAGAUGAAGAUGUGGCUAAUGGCGAGGAGGAGGAGGGAGAUGAAGAUGAGGAUGUGGCUAAUAGCGAGGAGGAGGAGGGAGAUGAAGAUGAGGAUAACAGCGAGGAGGAGGAGGGAGAUGAAGAUGACAAUGGGGAUAUCGUUGCUGUGGACCUGGGUCUCGAGGAAUUCAAAGACUCGCUGGACUUUGAGGCCUGGCAAGAAAUGCUGGGGACCAUCCAAGCAGAGACAGGGCAGCCUGGCCCCCGGGAGAAGGGACGUCCCGGCCCAGCAGCGACCCGGCCCCCGGGAGAAGGGACGUCCCGGCCCAGCAGCGUUCAGGCCCCUAGGAGAAAGGACGUCCCCAGCCUGAUGGCAUCAGUCAGAGAAGUCUCCAGUUUCACGGAGGACCUGCUGUGUCCCAUCUGCCUGUCCCUGUUCCGGGACCCCCGCAUGCUGGAGUGCGGGCACAGCUUCUGCGCCACCUGCCUGGAGCCCUGCGUCCCCAAGGGGCAGCGCCGGGGGCUGUGCCCUGAGUGCCGGCGCCCCUUCGCCCUGCGCCGGGUGGCCCUCAACCGGGCCUUGUGCAGCCUGGCGGAGAAAGCCCGGCUGCUGCGACUGGACGAGGGGGCCCAGCCGGGCGGAGGAGGGAGUUGGUAUUUCUGCGCGGAGCACGAGGAGCCCCUCAAACUCUUCUGCAGCCAGGACGAGGGGCCCGUGUGNCCCGGCCCCCGGGAGAAGGGACGACCCGGCCCCCGGGAGAAGGGACGUCCCGGCCCAGCAGUGACCCGGCCCCCGGGAGAAGGGACGCCCCGGCCCAGCAGUGACCCGGCCCCCGGGAGAAGGGACGUCCCGUCCCGGCCCAGCAGCGACCCGGCCCCCAGGAGAAGGGACAUCCCGGCCCAGCAGCAUCCCGGCCCCCGGGAGAAGGGACGUCCCGGCCCAGCAGCAUCCCGGCCCCCGGGAGAAGGGACGUCCCGGCCCAGCAGCAUCCCGGCCCCCGGGAGAAGGGACGUCCCGGCCCAGCAGCGACCCGGCCCCCGGGAGAAGGGACGUCCCGGCCCAGCAGCGACCCGGCCCCCGGGAGAAGGGACGUCCCGGCCCAGCAGCGUUCAGGCCCCUAGGAGAAAGGACGUCCCCAGCCUGAUGGCAUCAGUCAGAGAAGUCUCCAGUUUCACGGAGGACCUGCUGUGUCCCAUCUGCCUGUCCCUGUUCCGGGACCCCCGCAUGCUGGAGUGCGGGCACAGCUUCUGCGCCACCUGCCUGGAGCCCUGCGUCCCCAAGGGGCAGCGCCGGGGGCUGUGCCCUGAGUGCCGGCGCCCCUUCGCCCUGCGCCGGGUGGCCCUCAACCGGGCCUUGUGCAGCCUGGCGGAGAAAGCCCGGCUGCUGCGACUGGACGAGGGGGCCCAGCCGGGCGGAGGAGGGAGUUGGUAUUUCUGCGCGGAGCACGAGGAGCCCCUCAAACUCUUCUGCAGCCAGGACGAGGGGCCCGUGUGUGUGAUCUGCCGGGACCUGCCCCAGCACCGCGGCCAUGACUUCCUGCCUGUCAAAAACGCCGUCCAGAAAUAUCAGGAACAGCUCAAGGCGUCUCUGCAGCCCCUGGAGGAAGGUCUCAAGAGGCUGACGCGGAGCCGGUGCCGCCAGCAGGAGAACAUAACAGAGCUGGAGAGCUGCUCCGAGUCCCUGAUGGACCACAUCUCGGGAGAGUUCGAGAAGAUGCGCCGGCUGCUGAGUCUGCGGGAGCUGGGCCUGAAGGAGGCGCUGGAGCGGCAGCGGAAGAAGAACCUGGCCCAGAUGGAAGAGAAGCUCCAGGAGCUGAAUGGGAAAGUGACGUCCUGGACCGAGACCCUCUCCAGGGUACGCGGGGGGCUGGAGCGCAAGGACAACAUCGGCUUCCUCAAGGAUGCCAAGGAGCUAAUGGAGAGAGUCCGUGCGGGGCAGGGAGUCCAGGGGAAGGAGGUGGAGAAGACAGACCAGGUGGAGGCAGAAGAGGAAUUGAGAACCAGUGACGACGACACCGAUGAAUGUGAGAAAGAGGAGGAAGGGGAAGAGGACGAGGAAGAUGAGGAACCUGAGGUGGAAGAGGAGGAAGAAGAGGAGAGGGCCGAGGAAGAAGAGGUUAAGGAAGAGGAAGACGAUGGAGUGGUGCCUGUGGACCUGAACCUUGGGGAGUUUAAGGGACCUCUGCAGUUCUACGCCUGGAAGGAGCUACUGGGGAUAGUCCACCCAGUGCCAGCCUGCAUCACCCUGGACUGCCACUCGGCCCACCCCAGCCUGGUCCUCAUUGAGGAAGCCACCGGCGUCAAGUUCAGCCCGGGCCGGCGGUUCUGGCGCCGUAAGCCCCAGCGCUUCACGGCCAGCCCCUGUGUGGUGGGGCGGGAGGGCUGUGCGGGCGGCCGGCUCUACUGGGAGGUGCGGGUGGGCGACAAUCCUGACUGGGUGGUGGGUGCUGCCCGGAGGUCCGUGAAACGCAAGAGACGUCUCAGCUUCCGGGCCAGGGAAGGGGUGUGGGCCAUCGAGCGGCGAGGGGGGCAGUACCGGGCCCUGACGGACCCCCGCCUCACCCUGUCCGUCUGCGGGAGGCUGGAGAAGGUGGGGGUGUAUCUGGACUUCGAAGGAGGCCAGUUGUCCUUCUACAACAGCUCCAGCUUGACCCAUCUGCACACCUUCCAGGACUCCUUCGCGGAGGAGUUAGUUCCUUUCCUGAGCACCCAGUCCAGCGAGCCCCUCUCCAUGUGGGACCUGGAUCUCUGACACCGUUAGAGGGGAGAGGCUCCAUGUCCCUUGCCCCAUCGCCCUGGGCCAGCCAGUCCCCCGACCCUGGGGCCUGAUCAGAGCCACCUUGGUGCCAUGGCCAAGUUGCCCCACAUCGCCCUCUGCUGAUGUGCCUGAGUCCUACACCGGGACGGAUUCUUCUCUACUCAGUUCCUGAGGCCCGAGUAGUCUUGGCUUAUCCGCCAAUGACAGGGGGCCAGUUAACAGCAGGAUCAGUGAUGAUGGCUUCAGGAACCCUUCCACAGAACCCGCCAACAUCCCACCACCUUGUUUUAUCCAACCCAACAGCCCUGGGAUUCGAACCCGCAACCUAGAACAAAGGCAAUUUUGGCCGUAAGUCGGUGACAUCCUGACUUAUUCGCUAGCUGGGGUGGUUCACACCAGCUGAACCUCUAGCUUGUUGCUGGUUCUUUGUUCUCAGCAGCCCCUGGGUGCAUGGUCCGGCCAUUUCCCUGGUGAGAUGUAACCUUAAAUAGGAAGCAUUCAAUGGCAAUUCAUUUGGUUUCCUUUGAGAAUUGCUGGUUCAUUCGUCCCGUUGGUGCUCCACAGCGGUUGGAGCACCCGAGUUAAGAGUUUCAGACUUUCUGGGCUAAUUGGAGUUACUCCAGAUUUGCACCAGUAGAACACUGGGGCAGUCAGCAGAGUUACUUUGCAGUCACACCAACAUAAAUCCGGUGUGGUCCCUUGACUGGCUCCUCAAUUACACCCCAGUGUAAACCUGGAGUAAUCCUGUUGGCCUUUCUGCAGUUAUUCCUCAAUUACAUCCCAAUAAAUCCACUGAACUAAAU